AUGAUUAAGAUGAUGAGACUCUCAAUCAAAAGAUGCGACCAGGAGGACCACAGACCUUGUGGACCGUUGGAUAAUACGAUAACAGAAUUCUGGAUGAUGGUGUUGCAAGAAGAAUCAGAAACUAUAAUUAUGCUAACUAACUGCAUCGAACGGGGCAAAUUCAAAUGCUCGGCAUACUGGCCAGAUCGUGUCGGAGAAACGAAGACAUUUUCUGGGAUAGAGAUAACCAACUUACAGAUUAGAGCAAUGUCACCAGACGAACCAUCAGUCGCCCUCAGCAUAUUAAGCGUAAAAUUCCCCAAGGAUGGUGGUUCUGAAACAAGAGAAGUUCGACAUUAUCAGUGGCUAGAUUGGCCAGAUCGUGGAGUACCACCAAUUCGCCUUACCAGCAUGGAACUGCUUUCGCGAGUGCGAGGAACAAAAAAACCUAUAGUUGUACACUGCUCAGCAGGGAUCGGAAGGACAGGAACCAUUGUUGCGAUUGAAUAUAUUCUAGAACGCAUGCAAGCAGGAGUUGAGUGUGCUGCAAUGUGUGAACUAUUAAAAGAACUAAGAAAUCAUCGCGCAUACUCCAUACAGAACGAUUUAGUACGUGAAAGACUCUGA